AUGUACAGAUCUGAUCAGGGUAGUGUGAUUUUGAGACGAAUCGAUAUGUUACCUGAACUGCUGUCCGGUAAUUUGUGUUCACUACGCGAAAAUGAAGAACGAUUCGCAUUCUCAGUGAUAUGGCAGCUGAAUGCGGACGCCGAUAUAAUCAAAGUGAAAUUUCACAAAUCAAUAAUUGAAUCUAAAGCUGCACUCACCUAUGAAAUGGCGCAGAAACGAAUUGAUGAUAAGUCUCUGAACGAUGAAGUAACGAAGAGUCUACGCAAUUUGAUGGUUCUAUCGAGGAAGUUGAAAGCGAAACGGAUGGCUAAAGGUGCACUAACAUUGGCAUCAUCUGAGAUUCGUUUCAAUAUUGAUUCAGAAACGAGAGAUCCAAUCAAUGUA